AUGCAUAAUUUCAUGAAGUUGUUAAUCCUGUUGCUGGUUCUAGAUAGUUGUUUCGCAGAGAAUGUAAACUGCACAGAAUGUGAACCGGAAAGUCACAUGCUAUCGAAGCGUUGGAUUACCUAUCAACCGGGUGGCGGACUGGCGAAACUAACGCUGGGUGCUCUGAGCACAAUUUCCUGCAACCAUUACAAGCUGGUUCGGAACAUUGUCGCCAUUUCAAAUGUCCAGGCAAACUACAACAUCCCGUCGUCCAUAAUAUGGCCGGUUCCGGAGAGUUACUUCAAACAUCGAUUGAACAAUGACUUUGUGGACAAUAGUCGUGCAGUGCUGUAUCAAACGUUGGAGCGGAUGUUUGAUACGUUUGGAACUGAUGGGCGUGAUUGUGUACUGAAGACGAUUUGUGAGAUUGCAGAAGCACCCCUCAGUCAUAAUGGAAUGUUUGGCGAAAUAUUGGAUGUGGUGUUCACGUAA